CUUCACUAACAGAUACAACUUUCCUGCCCAGGGCAACUUUUGGCGAUUUGAGAACGGACGAUGGUUAGGAAAUCCUGUUUUUGACCAGGCAUUUGAGGACUACAUGGUUUCUCUAAAGAAACGUGAUGGGCGAAACGGUCAAAGCAAGCAAAGCCUCGCCAUGAGCUACAAGGACUUGACAAAGCUAAUGGAACACCUCCAAGAACCAGAUGUCAUAGCAAAGCACGGCGAAGGGUUGUGCUUGUUUUUUCAAGCAUUUGCUGCAACAGGCUUCACUUUGUGGACAAGAAACGAGGAACUACUGAGGCUUAAAGGAAAAGACCUUGAUCUUGGUCUUGAGACGGAUUGUGGGCGACCAUACUUUAAAAUCACUCCAACUUUUCGUAAAACAAACCAAGCGAAUGCUGAAAAAGAGAAAAAUAGCCGAGCGCUCCAUCCUGAAGACUUCGUGUUCCCGUCGAUGGAUAAUAAAGGUCGCGUCAAGCUCAAAGAGGCGUUCUCACAUCCAAAAAUCCAGUCUCUGUUGGAUGAAUUUACCGAUGCUGCAAACCUGCUUACUGAGCGCAGUGGCCGGUACACAGCUCAUUGUUUCCGCCGGGGUGGAGCGCAGCAUCGCUUCAUGUUUGCAAAGGAAAAGUGGUCUCUCAAGGCAGUAAAGUGGUGGGGUGGCUGGUCUGAAGGCGAAGGAGUUGAUACAGUUAUGCGGUACCUAUUAGAUGAGUUUGUGCACUAUGAGACCGGUUACGGUGACAUGCUCUCUCCAAUAAAGAAUACUAGUCGACACACUAGGUUUAUGGGAGAGUCCAGCGCCACAGAACCAGCAACUCUGCAAGCAAUGGAUACUGCGCUUGACACCCUACGGAUUGCUAUUAAUGCAGAUAUAAAUAAGAUACAGCAAGAGAUGAAGAAAGAAGUAGCUGAUCUUGGAACGGCUAUCACUCAGCAGAUUCAGUCACUCCUCCGGGGAUCUUCACCACCUAUAGCUAAUCCCAUCAAUGUUCGACAUCUGAUGCCGCUACCAUCACCGGUGCAGCUUCCCCAAGAAGACAUCGAUCCGCCGGCAGCAUCUAGAAGCCCUGAUAUCAUACAUUGA